CACCCAACCAUCCUAACCUAUAAACACCUAUAAACUAAAAAAUCAAUUUUUCAUCAAAGUAAACAAACAUAUUUUCUUCCAAACCGAGGAUUCACGCCUGAGCGAUGUUGAGCUAUUCUGACAAAUUUGUCUGCAUGAAAUCCUCCAACAGAGUCCAGAAAUGCCAGAUUUGUCCAUAUUUCACGACGUUACAAUUUUUCAUGGUAAACCACGCCAGACGGCACCACUCCCCCCCAGUACCUUUCAGCUGUGAAAACCCCGUACAAAUUUAUAACUGCGAUGACUGCAAAUUCCAGACACCCCUUACUAUUGACCUCAAGAGACACAUAGAAAAUUUUCACAACAGAAAUUUACCAAUCAUCGACUACAAUAUUCCAACUUACGUUUGUAAAAAGUGCAACUUUGAGAGUCACUUUUCAAUAACCUGGCUUAGACACACUAUAGAAUGUGAAGCAAAUGUUCAAUUAGUGGAAAAUAGUCAACCUUUGACAGAACAUAAACUGAAAACUCCGACAGACAAGACCCAGCUGAAGCGCCGUUUAUGCAGCCAGUGUUCAUUUCAAGGAAAAAAUUCCGUCGCUUUAAGAAACCACAGACGAAAUGUUCACUCAACAAACGUCAAGUGGUAUCAGUGUGAACAAUGUCCACACAAAACUAAAUAUCCGCGCCAUUUAAAACAGCACGUUCUGAACGUACAUGGCGCAAUUAAGAGGAUUAAUUGUGACCAGUGCCCCCACGUAGCGAAAAAUAAAGAUAGCUUAAGGAUGCACGUACUUAGAUUUCAUUCAAAUCGAGGGUACUAUGAGUGUGACUACUGUGCAUAUAAGUCACGACAUCCAAACAAUAUAAAAACUCACAUGAUGAGUAAACAUUUAAUUGGCAGUGAGCUUGAGUGGCAACAGUGUGAGAAAUGCCCGUUUAAAACCAAACUAAAACAUUACCUGAAAAGACACCAGAAACGCACUCAUUUUACUGAUAAUGAUAUCGAGCGGAUUAGAACGGUAAUGUCGACGUAGCCGGAAAGUUCGAAAUUGAAACGAAAAUGAAAUAAUGUAAUCGUUAUUGAUGUAUAAAUAUUAAAUUUAAUUCACACUUGA